GAGGGGCGGCAGUGGACGUGGUAUACUUGGAGAAAGGGGGGGCGGUGGACGUAGUAUACUUGGUCAGAGGGGGGCGGUGGACGUGGUAUACUUGGACAGAGGGGCGGCGGUGGAUGUGGUAUAUACUUGGACAGAGGGGUGGCGGUGAACGUGGUAUACUUGGACAGAGGGGUGGUGGUGGUGUACUUGGACAGAGGGGUGGUGGUGGACGUGGUGAACUUGGACAGAGGGUUGGCUGUGCAUGUUGGUAUACUUGGACAGAGGGGGGCUGUGCAUGUGGUAUAUUUGGACAGAGGGGUGGCUGUGGAUGUGGUAUACUUGCACAGAGGGUGUGGUGUGGUGGUGUACUUUGGACAGAGGGGUGGUGGUGGACGUGGUAUACUUGGACAGAGGGGUGGUGGUGGACGUGGGAUACUUGGUGCUGAGGGGUGGUGGUGGACGUGGUAUACUUGGACAGAGGGGUGGCUGUGGACGUGGUAUACUUGGA